AUGGAUUCUUCUUUUUUCCUUGCCACUGUUGCUGCUGCAAUAGGAUGCUUCACCCUUUUAAGAAAACGCAGAUCCCAUCAACAAGAUAACAAGGAAAAGGAUUCUUCUUCUUCAUCACCUGCAUCUUCUUUGUCUCCUUCAACAGCUCCUCCACAUCCUUCUUCAUCUCGCAUCUGGACACAUCAUGUCUUUCCUAGCUUCCGUGGGGAAGAUGUCCGCACAGGCUUUCUCAGUCACAUUCAGAUGGAGUUUCAGAGAAAAGGGAUCACUCCGUUCAUUGAUAACGAGAUCAAAAGAGGAGAAUCCAUCGGUCCCGAGCUCGUUCGAGCUAUUAGAGGGUCUAAGAUUGCAAUUAUCUUGAUCUCAAGGAACUACGCUUCUUCAAAAUGGUGUCUUGACGAGCUAGUUGAGAUUAUGAAGUCUAGAGAAGAGCUGGGUCAAAUUGUGAUGGCCAUUUUCUACAAAGUGGAUCCAUCUGAUGUGAAAAAGCUGACUGGAGAUUUUGGGAAAGUCUUCAAAAAAACUUGUGCCGGCAAAACAAAUGAAGACAUUGGGAGAUGGAGACAAGCUUUGGCAAGAGUGGCUACCAUCGCUGGUUAUCAUUCAAGCAACUGGGAUAAUGAAGCUGCUAUGAUCAAGAAAAUCGCUACUGAUAUUUCAAACAUAUUGAAUUAUUCUACAUUGUCAAGAGAUUUCGACGGGUUAGUUGGGAUGAGAGCUCAUUUGGAAAAGAUGGAACCUUUGUUAUGCUUAGAGUCAGAUGAAGUGAGGAUGAUUGGGAUUUGGGGUCCUUCUGGGAUUGGGAAGACCACAAUCGCCAGAGUUGCUUACAAUCAACUCUGCAACAGCUUUCAACUGAGUGUCUUUAUGGAGAAUAUCAAAGCAAAUUACAAAAGGCCUUGUUCCGAUGACUACAGCGCAAAGUUGCAACUUCAACAGCAGUUUAUGUCUCAGAUAACCAACCAGAAGGAUAUGGAGAUUCCUCAUUUAGGAGUUGCUCAAGAUAGGUUGAAAGACAAGAAGGUUCUUGUGGUUCUUGAUGGAGUGGACAACUUGGUACAACUAGAAGCGAUGGCGAAAGAAACUUGGUGGUUUGGUCCCGGGAGCCGAAUCAUCAUUACAGCACAAGAUCAGAAGCUUUUUAGAGCACAUGGGAUUGACCAUGUUUACAAGGUUGAUUUUCCAGAGAGUGAUGAGGCUCUUCAAAUCUUUUGCAUGUCUGCUUUCGGUCAAAAGUCUCCUAAACAUGGUUUCCAUGAGCUUGCUAGGGAGGUCACAGAACUUGCUGGUAAACUUCCUUUGGGGCUAAGAGUUAUGGGUUCCUACUUCCGAGGAAUGUCCAAGGAAGAGUGGGAAAAGUCACUACCAAGGUUAAAGACUAGCCUUGACGCCGAUAUUAGAAGCGUUUUGAAGUUCAGCUACGAUGCUUUAGAUGAGGAAGAUCAAUCUUUGUUUCUUCAUAUAGCCUGCCUUUUCAGCUUUGAAAAGAUUCAGAAAUUUGAAGAGCAUCUUGCAAACAAGUUCUUGGAUGUGAGGCAAAGACUCAACGUCUUAGCUGAGAAAUCUCUCAUAUCUAUCGGUGAUGGAUAUAUAAGGAUGCAUGCUUUGCUAGAGAAACUAGGUAGAGACAUUGUUCGUAAACAAUCUAUUCACGAGCCUGGACAGCGCCAGUUUCUUCACGAUAAGAGUGAAAUUUGUGAAGUUCUGACUGGUGAUGCAACAGGUAGUAAAAGUGUGAUAGGCAUAGAGUUGGACUACAACAAAAUGGGGAAAGAAUUAGACAUAAGUGAGAAAGCCUUUGAAGGAAUGUCUAAUCUCCAGUUCCUAAGAGUCCGCGGUUCAGCUGGGAACACAUUGCAACUAUCGAGAGGUCUAAACUAUCAAUCUCAUAAACUUGGAUUACUACAUUGGAGCUAUUUCCCAAUGACAAGUUUUCCCUCUACUGUGAACUUGGAGUUCCUUGUAGAGCUAAUCAUGGAUCACAGCAAGCUUGAGAAGUUAUGGGAAGGAAUCAAACGGCUUCCAAGUCUCAAGUGGAUGGAUUUGAGUUAUUCAGUAAACUUGAAGGAGCUUCCUGAUCUCUCAACUGCCACUAACCUUGAGAAACUGUAUCUGAAUAAGUGCUCCAGCCUACUGAAGCUCCCUUCCACUAGUGGAUAUACCGAUAAUCUUGAGAAAUUGGAUCUUCGUAAGUGCUCGAGUAUGAUCAACCUCCCUUCCUCUAUAUGUAACGCCACUAAGCUCGAGAAACUAUAUCUUGGUGGAUGCUCAAGCCUUGUGGAGUUGCCCUUCGUGAUUAUUGGAAAUGCCAUGAAUCUACAAACUUUGGAUCUUAGCGGUUUCCCAACUCUGGUGGAGCUCCCUUGCUCAAUUGGGGAUGCCACAAAUCUAAAGCAACUGGAACUUAAUGAGUGCUCAAAUCUGGUGGAACUUCCUUUUUCCAUUGGAAAGCUUAAGAAGUUGUGGAGAUUAGGUUUAAAAGGAUGCUCUAAGCUAGUGAAUCUUCCCACCAACAUCAACUUGGAGUCUUUGGAUGUACUUGAUCUCCAAGAUUGCUCUAUGUUGAAAAGCUUUCCUGCUAUCUCCACAAACAUUAGAGCUCUCGUUCUCAUAGGAACUGCGAUAAAAGAAGUGCCUCUUUCGAUCAAGUCAUGGCCUCGUCUGGAGACGUUGGAGAUGUCAUACUUUGAAAACCUCAAGGAACUCCCGCAUGUUCUUGAAAGAAUCACAUUUCUGCAACUGAGCGAUGAAGAGAUACAAGAGCUUCCUCUGUGGGUCAAGAAAAUGUCUCGUCUGAAUGAAUUCGUGCUCAGGGGAUGCCGAAACUUGGUAUCGCUCCCACCGAUCAGGGAGUCACUCGAUUUCUUAAAUGCAAGAGACUGCGAGUCCCUGGAGAAACUAGAGUGCUCUUUUCACAAUCCAAACGUUUGGCUCAACUUUGCCAACUGCUUCAAACUGAAUCAAGAAGCGAGAGACCUCGUCAUCAAGAACAGUGAAAAUGCGGUCAUACCCGGUAAACAAGUGCCUGAAUACUUCACUCACCGAGCUAUCAGUGGGGAUUCGCUGACGAUUAAGGUGAACAUAAGACCUCCUCUUCCUCCUAAACCCAUUAGAUUUAAAGCUUGCGUCUUGCUGGUUCCGGUUAAUGAAGGUGAAGGUGACGGUGACGAUGGCUGUGACGAUGACGAUGACGAGGAGGCUCGCUAUGAAAAGACAACGAGGGAAGUGGUUUUUGUGAAUAGAAGUCACGAGCAUAUCCUAUAUCCGCCUUUAGCAGAGCAUCUGUACACAUUCCGAGUCGAAGCAGAGGUGACUUCCAGUUCCAGCGAGCUUCUCUUUGAGUUCAAGAUGAAACACGAUGACCUGUGGAAGAUAGGAGAAUGCGGGAUAGUUCAGUUUCAUGUUGAUGAAGACGAUGAGAGCUUGGGCGUUGGCCAUGGUGGAAGUGAAACAUUAUGA